UGGAGCCACUCAUAUUUUAGCAUUUAAGGUAACAUGCAUAAAGCUACGAAAAGGACUCUAGCCUGGAAAGCCUGGAGAAUAUUUGACAAGAUGACUACAACUAUUAUCUCAUGUAUAUUUCUUAUAAGUCUUAAAGCUGCAGUGAUCUCGUCCCUCAACAUCCAGCAAACUCCACAAAAUCUACUGAUUACACCAGAUCAGCUUGAAGCAAAGAUAAAAUGCUGGCAUGGGGAUGCCAACUAUUUUUACAUGUACUGGUAUCAACAAAAGACAGUUACAGACUCCAUUGUGCUCAUUGGAAUGAUCCAAUAUGAAAAAUUCACUCCUGAGGACAAGUUUAAAGCACGAUUCAACAUUUCAGGACACGCCACAAAAGAUGCAUUUCUCCUUAUAUCCAAUAUCGCUCCAGAGGACAGUGCAGUAUAUUUCUGUGCUGCUAGGGUGCCUCCUGACACCCCAAACCCACCUUCGCCAGGGGGCCAGAGCACUCCGUCCAGGACUAAAGAAGAAGGCCCGGAAGAGGGAAGACUCGGACCCUUCCGCAUCGCCAAGGAACAGGGGAACAUCAGGAAGGACCAGAGGCAGAGUGUUGCCCUCUGCGGAGAGCUGAGGCAGAGCGACACCCUCUGUGAAGAUCUGAGGCUAAGCGACGCCCUCUGCGGAGGUCUGGAACGGAGCAACGCCCUUUGUGGAGGUCUGGAGCAGAGCGAUUCUUUAAAUGUCUGA